AUGGCGGAUAAUGGCAAACCCAUGACGGAUGCGCCGACAGAAACAAGUCCCGCAAAUGCGCCCACCACCCAAGCGCCCGCCGCCGAAGAGCCUGCGACGGGGGAGACUGCCGACGAUGAGAUCGUCGUGAGCGGCGAUCGUCCCGCCACUUCUGGUGUCGUUGACUCGAUAGAGGUCGAGACCGGAGGAAAAGAUGAAGAUGCGCAGGAAGCGUCGGAUGCCGAAGGAGAGGAAGACGACAUGCAAGCAGACUCGGCUGGCAGGCCGGUUUCCAACGACCUAUAUAAGGCACUAAAAGCUAUCGCCGAGACCUUGUCUGAAUUCAAGAUCAAGAAAAGUGGCGAGGACUACUACCCUUCUCUCCUCUUCAAGCGAGUGCCCAACAAGCGCAACCUUCCAGACUAUUACCAGAUCAUCAAAGAACCGAGCGCCAUCAGUACACUAAAGGGCAAAAUCCAACGAAAGUCAUAUACCGGCGUGCCCGAAUUCGUCCGAGACUUUGCCCUCAUCGUGCACAAUGCCCAGGUUUAUAAUCGGCCCAACUCGCAGCCAGUCCGGGAUGUCCUACAACUUGACGCCGUCUUCAAAGCCGAAUUGCAAAAGCUCGUCGAGCAGGGUCUCGUGAAAGAGGAAGAUACCAAGUUUCCAGACCUUGGCGAGAUCCCUGCCGCCACUCCCGAACCUGAUCCUGUCUCCGAGGAGGAAGAGGAAGAUGCCGAAGAGGAGGGCGAUGAGGAUGACGAGGAUGAAGAUGCGGACGACUCUGACGAUGCCGGACGUAAAAAGCGUCGACGCGGCCGUCCCAGUGGUGCUCGAAAGGGCCCAGAUGACGACGACAAGGACGACAAUCGUAAACGCCGCGGCCGGCCUCCAAAAGUGGACACCCCCAUGGAAGCCAGAAUAAAAUCCGUGAUCAAAUCCCUGAGAAAGCCCAAGGACGAACAAGGCAUGUUCCGUCUCCGACACUUUGAGCGGCUACCCGACCGAGCAGAGUAUCCACACUACUAUCAAGAGAUCAAGGAUCCCAUCGCCAUGGACACUAUCAAGAAGAAGGCCAAGCGGAAGAAGUACAACUCGCUUGACCACUUCAUGAAGGACGUCGAACUCAUGUUCAAGAAUGCCAUGACGUACAAUGUUGAUGGUAGCGAGAUCUAUGAAGACGCCAAGGCCCUCCAAGACGAAGCUCGUCAGUUGGCGGAUGUCGAGAAAGCGAAGCCUGACGAAGAGUAUCUCCUUGACGAUGGCCGGGUACCUCUGCCGAAUGGUAUCGAGUACAAAGGCGAGACCUGGAAGAUCGGUGACUGGAUCCACAUCCAGAAUCCGAACGAUGUGACUAAACCCAUUGUCGCUCAGAUCUACCGGACCUGGCGGGAUAGCGAAGGCCAGGAGUGGAUCAAUGCUUGCUGGUACUAUCGUCCUGAGCAGACCGUCCACCAAUAUGAGAAGCACUUUUAUCCUAGUGAAGUUGUGAAGACCGGUCAGUAUCGAGAUCAUCACAUCCAAGAGGUCAUCGAUCGAUGCUUCGUCAUGUUCUUCACCCGGUAUAGUCGCGGCCGACCCCGAUCUCUCACUCCUAAGAUGGAGGUGUACGUCUGCGAAGCCCGUUAUAACGAGGAGAAGCACAAGUUCAACAAGAUCAAGACCUGGGCAAGCUGCUUACCCGACGAAGUCCGCGACAAGGACUAUGAGAUGGACCUCUUUGAUGUACCACGGAAGAUCAAGAAGGUUGCGAGCCCCAUCAAGCAUUUGUUGAAAGAAAAUGCAAAGGAUGAUGAGAUCCCUACACCACAGUGGGGAAACAAGAAUGCGCCGCCCAUUGUUGGUGGUGUGCACAAGGGUGCCAGAGAUGAGAACCAAUCACCACCUCCAGAACCCACUCCUCCACCGCCACCGACUCCGCCGCCGGCGCCCAUACGCGCGCCAUCUAACAACAUGCUACCGAACCAAUACCCACAGCAGAAUUCGUCGGUCAAUCCGAAUCAGCCGAACCUGCAACCGCAAAUGACGCGACCGACACCAUCCAUCACGCCGCAACUUCCCACUUACCAGAACUCGUCAGCUUCUCCUGCCAACUCGUAUGCUCGUCCGGGCCUGUACCAGCAGCACAGCUCAGGAUAUCAGAGCCAAGGCACACCGGCUCCUCCACGCCAGGCCUCGCCAUAUGCAGCUACCCAGCAGUCACAGCCUACUGCGCAAUAUCAAGGCUCAAAUCAAACACCUGGCUUCGCCAAUGCAGCUCCAGCUGUUACCUAUCCGCCCCGACAGACUAUUCAGCAAGUCCAGGCCCAGCAAGCGGCUCAGCAGCAACAACACCAACAGCAGCACCCACAACCCCAAAUCCCCCAACCACAGCCAACCUAUCCUCAGUAUCCUGUAGCUACUCCUCAUGAACGCCACCCUGAGGCCUACGUACUUUCUGAUGCCGCCAAUGCUACUAUUCCCAAAGAUAUUCGCGAUCGCUUCCCUCAGGAUGACGAGGGCCGAGUCUUGUUCUUCACCCGGCCACCGCUUGAUACCCGCCACAUGGUCACCGGCAGAUCUAAGGGGGAGGAGGACAAGCCACUUGCGCACAGCAAAGAAUAUCUUGAGGCUCAAGCCGAGCGUGAGCAGGCGAUCAAAGACCGCAAGCGUGUCAUUCAGGAGUCGCUAGACAAGGGCGCUGUGAUCAACGGGGGAGAUUACAAGCGCCUCAAACACGGCACUUUUGGCGAGGAACGAGACCCGGACGGACGCAUAAAGGCCAAUCCUGAGAAAGCUGCCGAAAUUCUGCAAGACUAUGAGGCUCGGCAAGAGGAGAAGGUGCGCAAAGAGCAACAGCAACUCCUUGAUCUGCAGUCAAAAGCCCUCAAGAAGAUGCGAAAUGGUAUGAUCCAGGCCACAGUCAACGAGUAUCAGAUCAAGUACGGCCAAAACGCCCUGCGCUACUUCGAGGAAGAUUCUGCUCGCUGGCAAGAGCGCGAUCUAACCUGGAAGCAGGAACAGGCGAUGCGUGAACAGGACGACAAGCCUCAUAUGACCAAAGAGGAGAAGAUCACGGCCGAUAGCAAGCGUAUGUUGUCCCAAAACUUUUGGACAGGUCGCUAUCCGGAUGGCACCGGUCGAUUCGAAGACGAUUUCGAUAAUCGCCUGCCUCGCCCUUCAUAG